AAGAAGAGAACUGCAAUAUAUUACUUUUUUGGGGAGUUUAUUACUGCCUUAAGCAUCACUGCACUCAUCAAGACUCAUAUCUGACAGCAGAUGUGUGAGUGUAUGUUCUCUAACAGGCCAACAGUAGAUAUUUAUUGUACAAGGGUCUAUGUGUGAAUGGCAAAAUGACUUAUCCAUAGUUUGUUCUUAUGAUUAUCCCUACAGAAUUUACUGAAGUUAAGCCCAACGAGUUCCUAUUCACCUUCAACAUGACCCAAAUAAGAGAGAUUGUGGUAUCUAAUGAAAUGUUGCACCAGGCUGAACUGCGAAUAUUUCGGAAAAAGUCGACAAAAGCAUCAACGAGUAGAGAGGUCAGAGUGGAGCUGUACAGGGUUGUCAGCAAUGGCUCUCCUCGAUUUCUUGAUAGCAUGUAUGUAUGGAUAACAGAUGAUGAUGAAUGGAUUUCAUUUGAUGUGACAGAGUCUAUAAAGAGAUGGCUUGCUGACCCAGGUAUUACUCCAUCUUCCACAAGCGAGAAUCAAAGUUUCAAACUGCAAAUGCCUUGCUCUUGUUCGGGCACCAAGGAAGAAGAACCGCUGGAAAUUGGUGGGUUCUCGAAAAAACGAGGAGACAUGGAAGGGCUCUCACGGAAUGAAUUCCCCCCCUACCUCCUAAUCACGUACACCCCAGAGUGGCGAAUGGAGCAGACUCCCAGCACCCGCCGCAAGAGAGCAGUGGAUGAGGAAUACUGCCGCACGAACAGUGGGAAGAACUGCUGUUUAAAACCCCUUUAUAUUAACUUCCGAAAGGACCUUGGUUGGAAAUGGAUUCAUGAACCUAAAGGAUAUGAAGCCAAUUAUUGUUUAGGAAAUUGUCCAUUUAUCUGGAGUAUGGACAAACAGUACAGCAAGGUCCUGUCUCUAUAUAACCAGAACAAUCCAGGAGCCUCUAUCUCGCCAUGCUGUGUACCAGAAGUCUUGGACCCACUCCCUAUUAUCUACUACGUGGGCCGAACAGCGAAAGUGGAGAAACUGUCAAACAUGGUGGUCCGAUCUUGUCAGUGCAGCUGA